UUGGAGGAAGAAAGAAAACUAGAAAAAGUAUCUCUCGUCUUCUCCUCCCAUCCAUGCUCCACGCCUCCACCCCUCUCUACAUCUCUAUCCACUAUCCACAUCUCUCUAUAAAAAAUUCUUUUCGUUUUCAUUGCAUAGACAACACCACACACACACACACGAAAUAAAGAUUUUAAGAUGAAAGAUAGAGAUAUUCGAAUUUUCCAAACCCUCAUUUUUGCGCAUGUUAGCGAGCUCCGGCUCCCUUGAAAGAGAGCCUUCGCUGUUAAGGAUACUACAUUAGAAGAAGAGUGUGUUAGGCUAGGCACAAGUUUCAGAUCUCCAGCGCAGAAGAAGAUGUCGAAACCGUGGGGAGGACUUGGUGCUUGGGCCGCCGAUGCUGAACGCGCAGAAGCGGAAGAGCGCGAACGCGCUGCUUCCGACCCCAAUCCUCAAUUUGCCGUUGCCGGCCAGUCGCAGAAUUUUCCCAGCCUUAAAGAGGCUGCCACCGCCAAACCCAGGAAGAAAAAGAUGACGUUGUCGGAAUUUACGACGGGCACUUAUGUCGGACCCGGUGGGGCUGCUCGCCGGGACCCUUCUCUAGAGCCUAAGGGGUUAACCGCCGAUGAGAUGCUUCGUUUGCCCACUGGUCCCAGGGAGAGGUCCUCCGAGGAGAUGGAAUAUGGUCGUCUUGGCGGUGGAUUUCGAUCUUAUGGCCGUAACGGGCCCCCUCCGGGACGCAUGCGGGAGAGAGGAGAUGACACCGAGGGCUCUUGGGGUGGUGGCCGCAGAUCUUACGGUGGUUUUGACGACGAACGGAGGGCUCCCCCUCACAGGACUCCUGAUUUCGAUCAGCCUUCUAGAGCCGACGAGGUCGAUAACUGGGCCACGGCAAAGAAGCCCCUCUCCCUAGCUUCAGCGGAUUCUGGACGACAUGAUCGCGAUCGUUAUGGUUCGCUUGGUACCGGAAGUGGUUCUAGGGCUGAUGAAGCUGAUAGCUGGACAACUGCGAAGAAACCAUUUCCUGCUAGAUCCACGUCCUUUGGCUCAGGUUUUAGGGAUUCUGCUCCGGAAUCUGAUCGAUGGAGUAGGGGAGGACCGCGUGAUGGGGAUCGCGAGCGACCCAGACUUGUUCUAGAUCCGCCAAAGGGCGAGGUAGCUGCCAAUGAGCCUGCAAGAACGACUAGACCUAGCCCAUUUGGUGCUGCACGUCCAAGAGAGGAAGUUUUGGCUGACAAAGGCAUGGAUUGGAGGAAGUUGGACACAGAGCUCGACAGCCGAAAGGCCAGUCAGUCGACAGACUCUCAUUCUAGCAGGCCUUCAAGUGCACAUUCGAGUCGGCCUGACAGCCCUGCCUCGCAGGUGCUGGAAGCUGCGCCAAGACCCCGACCAAAGAUAAACCCUUUUGGAGAUGCCAAGCCCCGAGAAGUUUUACUGGAAGAGAAGGGAAAAGAUUGGCGGAAGAUUGAUUUGGAGUUGGAGCACCGUCGUGUUGACAGGCCUGAAACGGAGGAGGAGAAGAUGCUCAAAGAAGAGAUAAAUCAGCUGAAGAAGGAAUUGGAGAAAGAAGCUGUUGUAGAUGCAAAUGGAGAAUCUUUGCAAGCAUCUGAAGAGCAAACUAGUUUUCGUGAACUGAUACAUAGCAAGGAAAGGGACUUGGAGCUGUUGAUUCGUGACUUGGAUGACAAGAUUCGGUUUGGGCAGAAGGCCAUUGAUAGGCCUGGCUCGGGGUCUGGCAGGGCUGUUCCCUUCCCUGAGAGGCCGCCUUCUCAGUCUGGUCUUUCAGAGGAUUCUAGAAGCAUUGAGUUCAUGGAGAGACCUCGAUCCCGGGGCACAGGAGAUGUAUGGACAAGGCCUGGAGAAGACAGGAGAGGAUUUCAUGGGGGAAGGGAAAGAGGAUUUCUUGGCAACAGGGACAUGGACAGGUCCAAGUCCAGGGAGAGAUGGUGAGAAGUCUGUUGGUGUGGAUUCAUUAGAUUUUCUUUUUUCUUUUUUGACACUGAAACAAAAUAAUGUUUUCUUUUGUUUACUCUUUUUGUUUUGUUUUCUGCUUUUUUUUUUCUCCUAUCUGGGUUUUGCCUGAGAAAGUGAGGCAGGAACUUGGAAAUACCGGAAAACCUCACAUAAUUUAUUUUUACCACUUUGAUACGGUGUAAAAUUGCAAUUUUUUGGGCUUGAUGAGGCAGGCAGACUAUUGUUCUUUUAACUUCGUU